GAGGCCGCUAUGCCCGUGACGUCAGGGGGGCCGGUCGUGCGCGUGGAGAGCUCCAGUCAGUCCCGCGAGCGCACAGUCAGUCAGUCAGUCAGCCCGCUCGCGUGUGCAGCUGACCUCGCGCGUUCAAUGGACUAGAUUCCCAGCCACGUAAGUAAAAGAAGAUGAUGAUAAUGCUGUCUUGUUGUUGAAACAAGGGAUAGGCCCGGGGAGAACGUCGGCCGUCCCCUCUUGCCUUUGUCCAAAUCAGAUCCAAACGCCGGAGAUCGUCGGAGUUUGGUUGCUCGCAUCGACUUCCCAGGCGUAACAAAAGGCGGAUCGCGACCUGGAGGAAUUUUUUUCCUAGCCAUAUUUGGUAGAUGCAUGGACAGGCUUCGCGUGGAGACCCGCGUAAAUGAACACGGAGCGCCCUCUCAGGAUAUCUAAACCCAGCUGGCACCUUUCCCUUUUCAUUUAAUGCAAAACCCCGAUUCUUUACCUGCUGCGCUGCAUCGACCCUGACGUCACAACCUUUACAUUAUACCGCGCCGAUUCUUGCAUAUUUUUUUUUUUGGCUCGUUACCAACCGUGGUGUUCUUUUGAGGGAACAGUGAGCAUAGAGGUCACAAUUCGUGCAUGCACGUCAUUGCAUGUGUGUUCAGAUGACGCCACAUUGUCAUUGCAAUUAACGCACACGCAUAAGAUCAUCAUUACAGUCGAGGGGAAUCGCCGCUGCCUUCAUGCCCAGUGUUAAAUAGAGGACAUCUGUCUGUCAUUCUCUUCCGCCCCCCUCCUGUAAGACCGUCUGAACCCUCCUGCUCUGGACGAACCUCCUCCUAUACUCAUGAACAUACAGCGAUCCAGUCCCAUUAACAUUUCGCGUUAUGGGAGAUCGAGGCACAAAACACACGACUUUGAGGAGCUAUCUUGUCUAAGGACUGCAGAAUCCAACCAGAGUUUCAGUCCCAAUUUAGGAUCUCCCAGCCCUCCCGAGACCCCUGACUCCUCUCACUGCAUUUCUUGCAUUGGCAAUUACCUUUUGUUGGAGCCUAUUGAGGGAGACCACGUUUUCAGAGCCACCCACCUGCACAGUGGGGAAGAGCUCGUGUGCAAGGUGUUGGAUGUCAGUCGAUACCAAGAGUCCUUGGCUGCUUACUUUGUGCUGGGCACCCAUGAGCAUAUUAACCAGAUAGUGGAGAUCCUUCUGGGGGAUGCGCAAGCGUACGUGUUCUUCGAGAGCAGCCAUGGCGACAUGCACUCUUUCGUCCGCACUUGCAAGAAGCUGCGAGAGGAAGAGGCUGCCAGACUCUUCCAUCAGAUAGCAUCAGCUGUGGCGCACUGCCACGACAACGGCCUGGUCCUCAGAGACCUCAAGCUGAGGAAGUUCGUCUUUAAGAACGAGGACAGGAGCCUUGUAAAGUUGGAGAGUUUGGAGGAUACUUACCUCCUAGAAGGAGGUGAUGAUUCGCUCUCGGACAAACACGGCUGUCCAGCGUACGUCAGUCCGGAAAUCCUCAACGCAAAUGGCAGCUAUUCGGGUAAGGCGGCGGACGUGUGGAGCUUGGGCGUGAUGCUCUACACCAUCCUGGUGGGCCGCUACCCGUUCCACGACGUAGAGCCCAGCUCGCUGUUCAGCAAAAUCCGCCGCGGCCAGUUCAGCAUCCCCGAGACGCUAACACCCAAGGCGCGAUGCCUCAUCCGUAGCAUCCUGCGGCGAGAACCAGCCGAACGCCUCACCUCCCGAGAGAUCCUGGACCAUCCCUGGUUCUCGGCCUCCGGCGGUUCGGCCAGCCACGGAAGAGGCGAGCGAGAGUUGGACCAAAUGGUGCCAGAGGCCAACAUGGAAGAAGAACUAGAACAGUUCUUCAGCUGAGAACGAACUCGUCAGACGUUAUGCCAAGUCCUUUUAGAUGAUCAGAAAACAAGAAAUACACUCAUUACAAACGGUGUCUAUCGUUAUUUCUCAUUCCGUGAAGAGACAUAGUCGGUUCUGGCUUGGGAGAAAAUGACUUCUCCGUGAGCUAGGACUUGUGGACGAAGCUCAUUGAGUGAUGUAGCAAGACUUACUUUGAUUUUUCCUUGAUUUCCGUUCGUUUUUGUCUUCGUUUUACGUGGUGCUCACGAGGCGUACGAGUCACAGUAAGCUAUAAACAUGCAUUACAGCACAGAAGAGCGCAGCCCAAACUGCUAAACCUCUUCUGUUUCCAGCUCUGAUUCCUCCAAAUUGUUGACCGUGUCUCAGUGUCUGCUUUUCCUUGACUGCAAAUCGUUGGUCGCAUCUCAAUCUGAUCCUCGGUUUAUUUUAAGUUUAGCUUUUCGACAGCCCUCCAGGUCAAUUCUGCGAAGACCAUGUCAUUUGUUUCUGAUUCAUUGCGGCUGCAUUAAGAACGAUUUGUGUUGCAUUAAGCUUUUCCUUUUAUUAUUAUUGCUGCUUUUUUCAAUUAUGGUUAGAGCGAAACUUUCUCCGUAAGUCUUCAGAAAAUAAAAAAACGUCAAGCACUUGACUCUCCUAGGCUUGGAGAUCCUUUCUGUACUAGUGUCAUCUAUUUAACUUUAGUUGUUUUUCUUUUGCUGGAGCAAACUUUUUCUUAUUUUUAUUUAUAAGGUAACGCCUGUAUUUAAAAAUAAAUAUGUGCAGGGUUUUUAUUUUCGUUUUUCUUAACCGCCAGUUUUCACGAAUACAAUGUAGGCAAUACAUUUGACACAGGACAGGUUUGACUUUUUGUUUUAAACUUUGUCCCAAGUUGGAAGGUCUCCGAUUUAACGUCAGUGCCAGUAAUCGCACACCCCAAAUGCACGCUGACCGUGUUCCUUAUUUUUUAGUUUUUUGCAUUUGACUCCAUGAAUAUUAGAUAAUAUUUCUACGACUACACCGUCUCAAGUACCUCAUGUUAACUCUUCUGCCUGCAUAGGUUUGUGAAAUGAUCAUGUUUUGAAUGGGUACAUGUAGACAUGUUUUGUCGUAUAUCAAUGUUACUUGAAAUAGUGAUUUAUAUCUAGUCAAUGGCAUGUGCCCUUUGAAUGCUUUAGCCUGCCUAGCAAGAGGGGAGUUCAUUAUUUCAUUUCUGUUUUCUUAUUAAAGAAGAAUCUUCCGAAGGAUUUACUAGGAGUCCAACUGUGCUUUGGAGUUUCUCCGUUUUUCUUUUCUCCUUCCUCCGGUCAUUGUGCUUUCACUUGUUUUGUAGAAGGAACUUGCCUACCUAGGUUGGUGCUGAUUAGGUGCUAAUUUUGAAGGAUGUUUUUCUUUUUUUGUUCGUUCAUUUUUUUUUCCUCAUUUUUUUUCAAGGGGAGGGGGGAAUGCAUGGUGGGAUAUCUGCCUCAGAUGCUCUGAUUGUAAUGUAACAGAUUUUUGGUGUUUUGUCCAGAUUUAUUCAGUAAAUAAAUUGUGAACUGCACACUGCA